UCGCGAGCGCCGGCACGCUGAGAGCUUCACAUCCUGACGGUCACGUCUCAGACCAGCGUGUCAGGCACAACCUGAAGUACCAGAAGAUCCGUACAGCAGAAGAACCUAAAGCUCUCUCGGGCCUGACCUGCACCCUGUCUGUAACUUCCUCUUCGGUUCAUUAGAAAUGGAUCUGGGCUCCGUUCUUCUGAUCCCCGUCCACGUGUUGGUGUGGCUCUACUCCGUCCUGAGCUUCCUGCCCUGGUACUUCCUCACAGGAGCCCAGAAGAAACAAGCGCUGGCCAGGCGUGUGAGGGCCAGACCCACCCGCGGUCAGGUGGAGGGACCGUACCGCUCCGUGGACCGCUUCCACUCCCUGGCGCAGAUGGACCUCCCCGGGACGGACACGCUGGAUAAACUGUUCCAUCACGCCGUGCGGCUCUUCGGCCCGGCGCCCUGCCUGGGAGCCCGGACGGUCCUGAGCGAGGAGAACGAAACCCAGCCUGGUGGGAAGGUCUUCAAAAAGUUGAUUCUGGGUGAUUAUAAGUGGAUCUCGUACCAGGAGAUGAAUGAGGAGGUGGAUCUCUUCUCCAGCGGUCUGGCGGCGCUCGGUCAGCAGCCUAAAAACGCCAUCGCGAUAUUCUGUGAGACGCGAGCCGAGUGGAUGGUCACGGCUCAGUCCUGCUUCAGACGCAACUUCCCACUGGUCACGUUCUACGCGACCCUGGGUGAAGACGCGGUGGUGUUUGGACUGAAUCAGUCGGGCGUGACUCACUUGGUCACCAGUGUGGAGCUUCUGGAAACAAAAUUAAAGAAUGUUCUCUCUCAGAUCCCCAGUCUGAAGCACAUCAUCUACGUGGGCAACAAGAGCAUCACCACCGCCGGCUACCCAGAAUCCCUCCAGAUCCACAGCAUGCAGUCCGUCAAGCAGCUGGGAGCCAAACCUGAAAACCUGAACAGAGAGAUCAUCCGGCCCGUCCCGUCAGACACCGCCGUCAUCAUGUACACCAGCGGCUCCACCGGCCGACCCAAGGGCGUGGUCAUCGUCCACAGCAACCUGAUAGCGGGCAUGACGGGUCAGUGUGAGAGGAUCCCGGGCCUGGGGCCGAAGGACACCUACAUCGCGUACCUGCCCCUGGCUCACGUGCUGGAGAUGACGGCGGAGAUCUCGUGUGUGGCGUACGGCUGCAGGAUCGGUUACUCCUCACCCCAAACCCUCUCGGAUCAGUCCAGUAAAAUCAAGAAGGGCAGUAAGGGCGAUUGCACCGUCCUCAAACCCACCCUGAUGGCAGCCGUACCCGAAAUAAUGGACCGUAUCAAUAAGAACGUGAUGAGUAAAGUGCAGGAGAUGAACGUGGUGCAGAAGACGCUCUUCAAUCUGGCCUACAACUACAAACUGGAGCAGGUGAAGAACGGAUACGACGCUCCGCUCUGUAACCUGUUCUUUAAGAAGGUGCGAGCUCUGUUAGGGGGGAACGUGCGGAUGAUGCUGUCGGGGGGCGCUCCGCUCUCCUCGGCCACCCAGCGCUUCAUGAACAUCUGCUUCUGCUGCCCCGUGGGUCAGGGCUACGGCCUCACCGAGACCUGCGGAGCUGGAACCAUCACUGAAGUGACGGAUUACAGUACAGGGCGGGUCGGGGCGCCGCUCAUCUGCUGUGAGAUCAAACUCAGAGACUGGGCAGAAGGCAGUUACACAAAGCUGGAUAAGCCUCACCCCCGAGGUGAGAUCCUAAUCGGGGGUCCUAACGUGACCAGGGGCUACUACAAGAGCGACACCCACAGCCAGGACUUCAUCGUGGACGAGCAGGGGCAGCGCUGGUUCUGUACCGGGGACGUGGGCGUGGUCCAUCCUGACGGCUGCCUGCAGAUCGUGGACCGUAAGAAGGACCUGGUGAAGCUGCAGGCGGGUGAGUACGUGUCUCUGGGUAAAGUGGAGUCCGGACUGAAGAACUGCGCGCUCAUCGAUAACAUCUGCGCCUACGCUAACAGUGAGCAGAACUACGUGAUCAGCUUCGUGGUGCCGAACCAGAAGAAGCUGACGGCUCUGGCUCACCUGAGGGGGAUUCAGGGCAGCUGGGAGGAGAUCUGUAACCACCCGCUGAUGGAGGUGGAGGUGCUGCGGGAGAUCAAAGAAGUCGCCAGCUCCAUUAAGCUGCAGCGGUUCGAGAUCCCACUGAAGGUGCGUCUGAGUCCCGAACCCUGGACCCCCGAGACCGGCCUGGUGACCGACGCCUUCAAGCUGAAGAGGAAGGAGCUGAAGAACCACUACCUGAACGACAUCGAGAGGAUGUACGGCAGGAAGUAGAUCCUCCAUCAGCAUCACCGCCGCCAACGCCAACGCUGUCAACGCCAACGCACACCUUUUGAUGUUUGGGACACCAGCGCCCUGCACCCGCCGCUUCUGUUCGCUCUGUGUUUGUACGUGUCGGUCCGAGUCCUGUGGGUCCUAAAGGGAUGAAAUUUACCACCAACACGGACACACGGCUGAAGUUUUACUGCUCACGCUGCCUUAAACCUGUCCGCAAGUCCUAGAGAGCCUAAUCAGCCAAUCAGCACCAAUUAAACCGGCUCAGACUUGCAUGAAUUCGGCACAAACUGAAUUCUAGCAGGUGGACGAACGGUGGCUGUGUGAUGCGGCAUCAUACAAAAUAAGAAAUAAGAUGGGGGGGGGGGGGGGUAAUUAUUUGUACUUGACAGUAAGUGGGACCUACUGACUGGUUUCAGCCACACCCAUAGGCUCAGCACCCCCAGCCGCCGGUGUUUGUGCGUGAGUCUCUCGUAUCGUGUGAUGAUUUAGUAGAAGAGUCGCCGGUUAGAUGAAGUGCGUUUGUGGAUCUCUGUGCCUUUGCUGUGAUUUUAUCAUGCCGCCGGACGCACCGGGAGCGACGCGCGUUCUAUAUCGUCCACCACUGACUGAUCUGAUCGUUUAUUUCUGAUGUAGGAACGACUGAAUCCAGUUUAAAUGUUCUUUAUCGUGAUCGUUGAUGGUGUGCUCGUUUAUGGACGGACGGCAGGACGCUAAACGGGGCGGAGCCACUCGAACCUUUCAGCGCAGAGCAGCUCUGUGUUUUAUUAACCAAGGGAAGCGAGCAUGACCAAAAGUUCAGAACUGAAGAUCUGCUCCUGAAACCUAAUCUCAGCUCCGUUCCUCAUCAGUGGUGCAGAAUCACACACACACACACACACUCGUGCACUAGAUGGCCAAAAGUAUUGGGACGCCCCCUCUAAUUACUACAUUUACGGCAUUUAGGAGACGCUUUUACCCAAAGUGACUUACAGUACUGUAACUGUAUACAGUCAAAGCAAGCGAGGAUUAAGGGCCUUGCUCAAGGGCCCAACAGUGACAACCUGGCAGUGGUUGGGCUCGAACCAGCAACCUUUUGGUUACUAGUCCAGUACCUUCACCACUAGGCUCCAGCUGCUUUUUUAGACCCUUUUAUCCGAAAGUGAACAUGAUUUUUGAGCAGUUGAGGCUUAAGGGCCUUGCUCAGGGGCCCAACAGUGGGUGGUGGGGCUCGAACCAGCAACCUUCUGAUUACUACUCCAGUACCUUAUGCACUGAAGUACCGCUGCCCACUUAUUAAAUGACUGAAUUCAUGUGUUUGGGCCACAACAGUCACUAACAGGUGUAAUAAAUCAGUUUAGGGAAGGUCCUUUCCUGUUCCUGUUCUCCAGUGUCCUCCACAGAGCCCUGAGCUCAGCCCCACUCAACGUCUCUGGGAUGAACCAGAACACCGACUGAUCAAUCAGUCAGUUCCCAGUCGUACAAAUACAAACGCUGUCAUGUUUUAUACUACUGAACCGGCACAAAUUCCCACACACACACACACACACACACACACACUUCAGUAAAAAAGUCUUGUAAGAAGCUUCUCAGAGGAGCGGCGGCUGUUCUAGAUGUGAAGAUCACACGGAGGGUCACUAACGUCCGACAAGCUCAUGGUCAGGCGUCCGAAUACUUUUGGCCACACAGUAUAAAUGAAAUAUCACCAAAGUACCACAGUUCUGUGGUUUUAAACCUCAAAUUAAAGUUAAAAGUAAAUAAGUGGAACAUUUUCACCCCCGGAUUCAAUUUCGGCUCCAACGGUUACAGGCAGCUGAAGGAACGGUGAUAUUUAACAUGCCAGUACAUACAGUGGCAUUUACAGCUGGUAAAAGGGGGUGUUUCCCUGGCGACCCGGGUUCCAUCCCAGUCUCUGGUAAAACCAGAUUUUUACUCCUCAGUGUGGGUGAGUGAACCUGGAUCAUCUGUGACCCUGACCAAGCAGGAAUGAAUAACUGAAUGAUUAAAGUUGUUUGUUCUGCACCACUGAUCCUGAUGCAGAUGAAUUUUAGCUUCUUGUUUUUUUAUUUGCACUAUAAUUUAUUUAAUGUUCUACAUUUGAAAUUUUAAAUCUGCUGCUUUAUUAAACGCCACUUUUUAUUUAAGAGAGAAAAACAUUUAAGCACAAAAACACGUUUAAUUAAUAAUGAUUAUUUCAGAAGAAAUGAACUGGUGUUUACUUGAUUUAUUUACAAUUACAGCCAAUAAAACUAACCAACAAACUUCAAAUUCUAACAGAAAUAAAAUCAAACGUUUGAAUUUUUUGACCCACGAACACUUUUCAGACGUGAACGUUCCAGAAUGAAGAUCCAUGAUGUUUAUUUAUUUAAUUUGUUGAACCACUUCCUGUGUGAAAUACUUUGUGAUGAAUAAACUGUUUCGUACUGAAGAAA